AUGGCCCUGAUACCCGAACUCCGCGCGCUCGUGGAAGCUUCGAACGAUGUCGAGAUCACUCGAAGGACUUUCCGGGAUGCAUGCGUCCCUGCGCUCAUUGAACGCUACCAGGCGGGAAGGAAAGCAGAGCUGGCGAAUAUGGUCGCAGAGCGUCUGGGACGACAGGCGGAUGCUCAUCCCAGUCAGGAGCUCCUCGACCUUGCGAUUGCCUGGUUCCACUGCAAUCAGUGUCGGAAGUACGUGCGCUACCCUGGCGUGCUCGCGCAUCGGUGCCAGCGACAGUACUGCGCCCCGGGCAGUGCUCAGCGGGACGAUUUUGACGACCCGUAUGAGUACGACGUAGCGAAUGCUUCGAUGUUCCGCGCGUGGUCGGCCAAGACGCUCCGCCCUGUCCUCGACGAGGAUCUUCGCGCAAUGCGAUCCAUCAUCCAGGCAACCGGACUCGACCCAGAGAGCGCGACUGCUCGGCACAUGGACGAUCUGGAUGCGCGGCUUACUUGUAACGAGAUCCCCGUUCCGUGGGCGAGGAAGAGCGAGGGGAAGCUCAUCAUGAACUGGCGUCGAGCAGUGCUGUCGCUGCACAUAAUCCGUGACUGUGAAACGGUCCGUUGGGUGCGAGUCUCAGGUGAUGAGAAGCGCCGCGCCGUUCCUCUUGAAGAGAAGGCGCAAUUGCAGCGCAGAAGAAGCCAGAAAGCCAGAAAUUCCUCCAGUGUGCACUGUGUGACGAUCCGUGGUGGCUCGUCACCGGUUCGCAUGGUGAUGCGUUCCUUGUGGCGGACCAUCUAA